AACCACCGGGUUGAGGAAGAAGAAGAAGAGGAAGGCGAAGAUGAGUUCAUCAAUGGCUCUUCGAGAUUUGCAGAGAGACCUAGAGUCUAAGGCCAAUGACCUCGCCAAAAUCCAGAAAGAUAUUGCCAAGGAUCACCAGCUGAGGAAGAAGUAUACGAUCCAACUUGGUGAGAACGAGCUCGUGCUUAAGGAGUUGGAUUUGCUAGAAGAAGACGCAAACGUCUACAAGUUGAUCGGUCCAGUGCUUGUCAAACAGGAUUUGGCUGAAGCUAAUGCUAAUGUUCGCAAACGUAUUGAGUACAUCUCUGCUGAACUGAAACGGGUUGAUGCAUCUAUCCAAGAUAAUGAAGGACAACAAAACAGCAAGAGAGAAGCAAUGAUGAAGUUACAACAACGGCUUCAAUCUAUCCAGGCAGGAAAAGCAAAGGCUUGA